AUGAGGGUCGAUAGCAAAGAAGGAACAGGAAAUACCCAGAUCGACAAAGGUCGACCCGCGAAGAAGAAAAAGUUGACUACGCCUCGCAAAGUCGACUUUCUCGAACACUUCAUCUUCUUCUCGCCCCACCUCCAACCAACAACAUCUCUCAUCAAUGGAAGCUCAAAAAACUUCGCCAAAUCCCCAAACCCUAAUCCAUCCCAAGAGCCCAGAUCCACGCACCGGAUCAAAUCCCUCGACCUCUCGCCGGAAAUCACCAUGGAAAUCCUCCUGUGCCUCCCCCUCAAAUCCCUCCUCAGAUUCAGGAUUUGUAUUCUCGAGGGGUGUAGGAUAAAGCAAUUGGAAUUGAUAAUAGGUAGAGAAAUGAACGUAAUGCUGAUGAAUUCAGCUCCUACGAUGCCUCUCAAUCUCGUCUCGACCGAACAGAUUCAGAAGCUGGACUUGUGGGACCCUUUCGAGGGCUUUUCUCUCUCCACCGCCAGGGACGCGUCGACCGUGGCGAACGCGCGCAUAGAUUGGAAGGAGACGCCCGAGGCUCACGUGUUCAAGGUGGAUGUUCCUGGCCUCAAGAGAGAGGAAGUCAAGGUCAAGGUCGAGGUCGAGGACGGCUCCAUCCUCCAGAUCAGCGGGGAGAGGAGCAAGGAGGAAAAUGAGAAGAACGACAAGUUGCACCGUGUAGAGAGGAUCUCCGGCAAGUUCCUCCAUCGUUUCAAGCAGUCGGAGAAUGCCAAGCUGGCGGAGGUGAAGGCCGCCAUGGAGAAUGGGGUGCUCACGGUGACUGUGCCCAAGGAGGAGGUCAAGAAACCCGAGGUUAAAGCCAUCGACAUCUCCGGUUGA